GGACCCGCCGGCGGAGGCGGGCUCUCCGCGGCCGCGGUCGCCGCGCUCUCCGCUCGCCGCGGGCCGGCGCUCCGAUCAUGUCCUGGUGGCGUGCGGCGCUGUCGGGGACGCGGCUGAUCCGGCGCGGGAGCGGCUCGGCGCGCCAGCUCGGCCGGGCGGCCGGAGCUGCGGCCUCCGGGAUGGGGAACAGCACAUCAUCAUCUUUGGGGACGUCAGCAACUGCUCCUGUGAAUCAGAUUCAAGAAACAAUUUCUGAUAAUUGUGUGGUGAUUUUCUCAAAAACAUCUUGUUCUUACUGUACGAUGGCGAAAAAACUUUUCCAUGACAUGAAUGUUAACUAUAAAGUGGUGGAAUUGGACAUGCUUGAACAUGGAAGUCAAUUUCAAGAUGCUCUCUACAAAAUGACCGGUGAAAGAACCGUACCAAGAAUAUUUGUCAAUGGAACUUUUAUUGGAGGUGCAACUGACACUCAUAGGCUUCACAAAGAAGGGAAACUGCUUCCACUAGUUCAUCAGUGUUAUUUAAAAAAAAGUAAGAGGAAAGAGUUUCAGUGAUGUAGGUGCUCAUAAUGUUGCUAGUAAAAUGUUAGUGAUUUAAAAUGAUCAUGCCUGAUAAUGCCUUUUAAAUGUUUGAGGAUGUUUUAAAAAUGUAAAUUAUCUUUAUGGGAAAGUUCUAAAACUAAUGAGCAAUAAAUUCCUGUGGAAAUCUCU